AUGGUCAAAGUCCUCGAAAACCAAAUUGUAGACCUAGACAUCAUGCCCGGCAAAUCGCAACAAGAGCUCAAACAAAAGGCGCAGCAACUCCAACAGCAAGUGGGCGACCAAGUCGGCGAUGCAGCAUCGGCAGCGCAAGGCCAGCUCGGCGAAGCCACUGGCCAGUCCCAAGAACAGCUUAAGGAUGCGCAGGCCCAGGCGCAGAAGUUCGUCGAAGAGAACCUCAGCGAUGAGCAGAAGCAGCAGGUUGGCGGAAUACUCAAUAACAUGAAGAAUGCAGGCGUGGGGGCUGCGGGGACGGUGGGAGGGACGGUCAAGGGCGUGGGGGAUACGCUGGGAAAUACUGUCUACACACUCGGCGCCGGCUUGGGCAAUACAGGCAUGGGCCUUGUGAGCGGUCUGGGAGACACCGGAAAGAGCGCCGUCGGCAUGGGAGGACAACAGCAGAAGCCAGCGGCGGAUAAACCCAAGACGGCGGACAAGCCCAAGUCCGAUAAGCCUGCGGCGGAGAAGAGCAGUGACUCCAAGAAGUCGGACAAGAGCAAUGAGUCCAAGAAGUAUCCUUCGGCGGAGAGCGACGAGUCCAAGAGCAAGAAGUACCCCUCGGCGGAGAAGAAGGAUACCAAGGAUAGCUCGUCCACAAAGUCAUAG